UGUGACAGCUUUUGCUCGCAAAUUUCCGUGCGGUGCGCAUUGGAUGUGCCUUUUAUAACCUCAUCCCUAUCGUUAUAUUAUAUACAUAUUAUCAAUAACAUUUGUUUCAAAAUGUUAAUAAAGUUAAGUGUUAUUUUAAUUUUGGUGAAAAUAUUUCAUGUCAAGGGAAACCAACUUGACUGGGAUUUAGCAAUCGUCGUAGAUAAUGAAAUCCAACUACUAACCUCAAACGGGACUCUAAUAGAUUCCAGAAGUCCUUUUUCUUUAUUAAAAGCCAUCACUUAUGAUGGCGUCAGAGACCAAUUUAUUGUAAGCGAUAGGGACACCAAAAACGAUACCAUCUUUACUGUUCGUUUAUCCAAAGAGACUGAAACUGAGCCAAUCAUGAAAGGACCUCCAGGUGACGUACAGGGAUUAGCAAUCGACCCUCUGGACGAUGUAUUAUAUUGGUCCAACGCAAUCAAUCAUACAAUAAAUUAUAUUAGUCUAAACGACUCUACUCACGAUUCUAAAGAAUUUAUUCUCUUCAAAGAUGUUGUUCCACACGCCAUUGCCAUAGAUGUAUGCAAUCGUUAUAUAUAUUACACAAACCCCUCAGGCAGCAAACCAACGAUAGAAAGAAGAAAAUUGGACAAUUCCCAUCAUCAAAUUUUGGUAGACGAUACCAUAAUGACCCCGGUGGGUUUAGCGAUCGAUUACAAAGAACAACGGUUGUACUGGGCAGACAGUAGAAUAGGCACAGUAGCCGGGAGAAUAGAAAGCAUUUCCUUAGACGGUAAAGAUAGAAAAUUAAUCGCCGAACGUACCACAAUGGAACCGUUCGGACUCGCAGUCGAUGAAGAUGCCAUCUACUGGACGGACACGAAUAACAACGGUUUAUAUAAAUUAUUAAAAAGCGAAACGAAUCCAUACGCCGAUCCGCAGAAAAUAACUUCCUUUUCCGACAUUCCUAUGGGUUUGGUAGCUAACGCUUACAUGAAAGACGACUGCGACAUACUACCGGAACUCAUCCAACAGUACCAAGAAUCGAAAAAACAAACAACCACUGCCCAAACCGUCGAGGAAUCUCUGGUAUGUUUGAACGGAGGUUCGGUAAAAGAUAAAAAGUGCGACUGCAAACCGGGAUAUACUGGAAAUUAUUGCGAAAUACCGAUAUGCAGUAGCGCUUACUGCCUAAACGGUAACUGCUAUUUAUCUUCAUCGGGGAAACCGAUGUGUUCGUGUAAGAAAGGUUAUAUCGGUAACAGAUGCCAAAAAAACAAAUGCGAUUAUUAUUGUUUGAACGAAGGGAAAUGCGCCAUAACUCAACCAAGAAAUGAACCAAAAUGCGAAUGCCUCGACGGUUUUAUCGGCAACAGGUGCGAGUAUAAUCAACAAACUUGCGACUUUUAUUGCAACGCCAAAGAAAACACCGCCUAUUCUGCCGAAUUUGAAUAUAUGUGCAGAUGUAGCUAUAUGUAUUCGGAAAAAAACGCCAGCGCGUUGUUGUCACGUUUACAAGAACGUCCGAGUAUUCUAUCCAAAUUCCAAGAUCCAGUUAUUUACUUAUCAGCUUUAGUUUUAUUCUGUAUGUUAGUUAUCGUAGCUCUGUUCAUCUACAUUCAUAAUGUCCACAAGAAACGACCGAGGAUCAAGAAACGUAUCAUAGUUAACAAAAACGUCACUCCAUUGACAUUUCGACCGCAGCCCAACACAGAACAAUGCGAAAUUACUAUAGAAAAUUGUUGCAACAUGAACGUUUGCGAAACGCCUUGCUUUGAACCAACGGGUGAAGACAAAAAGAAACUUCUGAUGAAUAUGGAAGGCGAAGACAUCUAUUAAACUUGUUGGAUGAAUAAAAGGCUGUGACUGUACAGAGUAUUAAUAACGCGUUGUUAAGUUUUCAAUAUUUAUAUUUAUAUAAUGAACUGUAUCUUGCCAGUCAUCAAAUGUACACGGAAUACCAAAAGGGCGGGAGAUUGAAACGGUUCCACACCAUUCCUUAUAUCAGACUUAUCAGUAAAAACAAUCCAUUUAUAAAAAUUACACUGGUCAACACACUUUUUUAAAUUUUUUUAUGUUACUGGGUAUUUUUAUGAAAAUAGAAAUACUUGGGUCUUGGCAAGAUUUCCUUGAAUGAAUUACUUGAGGUAGAUCUCGUUACAGUAACCUCUUGGUAAUAGUCUCUUCUUUUGUCCGAAUAUCUUGAUGGAAUCUUCCAUUUUCUUCGUUUCUUUUCUAUUACAACACUUUUAAAACUUAUUUAAGGGCCUUUCUUUCGACAGGUCUACCACGAGUAUUCAUACCACUCAAAAGCAAAGCGACCCGUUUGCUUUUGGGUACAAAGGCACCAAAUUAUUUCGGCUGUUGGACUGCUCCUUGUUGGACCUUUCUUUGUCGGACAAUAUUGUUAGUAUAGAGGUUAUGCUACGUUAUCUUCUCAUUGAAAUAAAAAAAAAUAUGUGUUAUUAUCAUUAUGUAGGGUUAUGUAACCUUCAGGGUUAGAAAAGUAUUAAUUUGAAAAAAAGUAAUCAGCUGACUUCAUCGCGGUUCAUUGUACUUUAUCUGAUUAUAUAAACAUAACCAAAAUUUGUUACCAAUUCACAUUUGCAAUAUUUUUUUGUUGACCAGUGUUAUUAGUGAUAUUUUAAGUACUUUGGAAGGAAAAAAUUGAUGGUAGACACUAUUUAAAAAUAAUUAGACCUUAACAAAAAGUUUAGUACUUAGAAAUAAUAGAGUACUUAUAUGUUUUACUUAAAUCUUUAUAACUAAUUUUAUGUGACAAAUUUUUUUUUGGUGUUACCCUGAUUUAUCUUGAACCUAGUACUACUACCAAUGGAACCAUGAACCUCAAAGAGCCUUGGCCUCGUCCACCAUAUUCCUCAAGUCAUCUCGGCGUCUCCACCUCCUCACGAUGCUGAACCUCUAAAUUUUGGUAUUAAGAGCUCAAAACUUAUCAGAAUUUUUUUUCGUUACGUUUUUGUAGUAGCUAAUUUUUUGUCCUACCCUAAUCUUUAGGUGUCUCGACAAGCCUCUUGUAUGUUAUUAUUGCCUGGGUUAAUACAUUUAUCAGAUCUUCUCUGGUUAUACAGAAUAAUAUUUGCCUAUCUCAACCCAUGUAACUGUUUUUUUUUUUAUCUUUAACCUUCUUUUCCAGUAUUCUUUCUAUUAUUCUGUAGUUGAUACCACAAAGUGGCUUAGGUCCUAUAAAGGGUCUUAAGCAAGUGUGUCAGCUAGUCCCUCUUCUCCAAUGAGCCCAAGAAUCAAUUGAAAGGUAACUUCAUUAUUCUUAUUCCACACCCUUGAUUUCUUUCCAUAUUCGCAUCUUUAUACAUCACUAUCCGAUGAGGACACUUGCUCAAAAUCUUCUGGUUCUAUUUUAUGAAUUUCCUUCGAUACCUAGGGCUUCUUUCCAGAUUGAUAUUUGACUGCCUCUAUUUGUGGUAUUUCAUGCUCGUUCAUUGUGAUCUUUCUGACAGUUUCUUUGCCUGUUUGUGAAGGUCAAGUGGAUGGAUUUAGACGGUCCUGUUCAUAUUUUUCCCACACAGUCAUCUCGAAUGUCACAUCUUCAGUAACAAGUAGCCGAAACGACUUUAAUGUGUCUUUGAUGGAGGGAUGGUGUUAAAUAUGGAUAGUAGGAUAACGGUCUUAAAUAACGACAACUUAAUUUAUAAAACUUAUUUAUUUAACUGGGAUCUUAUCUUUUGACAUCUUUUUAGUAUUUUACUUUUGUUUACCAAGGGAGGUUUUUUUAACGCAUUUAUUUUUUUUUAAAUGGAUACCACUGCCUUUACAAAAUGGGAAUCGAAAUACCUCUCUUGGUGUGCUUUAUCUUUUUUGAACAACCAAUCUGUGAGUGGAAAAAUCAUUAAAAAUCUAGUUUUUUGUCCAAAAAGUAUUUUGAAAGAACAUUUCAAUGUUUUAUUUUCAGUUAUCAAUGAUAAAACGAACAUUUUUUGCAUUUUACUGAUAUUAUUUUUUGGUAAUAUAUAGAGCGUGGAAACCAUCUUUCGUUUCGAAGAAUUAAAUAAUUGUAAUAAUUUGUCAGUGAUUGUAUUUUUAAAAUGCAACAUUUCCCAAGUUUCACCUUAUUUUAUCGAUGAAAAAAGAUUCCUAGGACAAAUUUUAAAAUUCCAUAACCCCAAUUUACAUAAAUAAUUGAUGAUUAGUGAUUUUUUCUUUGCUACUUUUUCAAGAAAAUAAAAAUUCAACCAUAGUUUCAUAGUUUAUUGUUGUGGUAUACACGGCAAUCAACGUGUUAAAAUAGUGGAUGUUUUCUUGAGGAUGUAAGUUUCUUCAUAACUUUUAAAAUAGAUAGUCUCAAUAUAAAUUUUUUUUGACAAUUGUUGUAUAAUUUCUGAUACAAACGGCAGUUAACGUGUUAAAAGAUUUUUUGUUUGUCUUAGGAAUGUUGUUUUCUUCAUAACGUUUAGAGUAGAGCAAAACUUGACAACGGUCUCAAUAUAAAAAUGUCUGUUGAUUAUUGAUGUCUGAAAGUGUACUUCUGAUACAAACGGCAGUUAACGUGUUAAAAUAUCAGGUUUUUCUUGUGGAAAUACAACAUUUGUGUAACUUUACACUGAUGAAUAGUUUUGAUAUAUAUGGCAGUGGACGUGUUCGAAUAGUUCGAAGUUUUCUCGAUAUAACAAUUUUUUGCGGUACCUUUUGUGUAUGAAAGUUAUAAACAUUUUAAAAAUAUAGUUCUCAACACCUUUUAGUGAUCUCAAAAUUCGUUUUGAAACUUAUAGCUCUAUCUCAAAACUUUUUGGACACAUACGGUAUUAAAAAUUCACUCAAUUCAAUACAAAAUUUAAGCAGAAACAAAUAUUUCAAUUGGAUGUUGUUUAAGUAAAAAUAAUUAAUUUUGGUUGAUUCAAAAAAGUAUUGAUUAUUUUUUUAAAGUUUAUUUUUGUUCAACAGAUUGUCUCGUUAAAUAUAACAACUUUGUUUACGUACUUGGAGUUUUUACAGUAUCUUUGAGUUGAAAAAAAUUUGUCCAAUUUCUUUUAGUCUCCCCUUUUUUAUUUUCCUAUAUAUUUUGUAUUAUUUUUUCGUUAAUUUCAAGUUUUUAACUCGACUUAGUCGAAUAUUAUCUACUUAUGGUUAUUUUAAAACCAGAAACAGAAAAAAAGUUACUUAAAAUAUGCUGUAAGACUGAAACAGGAAUUUAAUAUUUUUUUAAAAUUAUUUUACAACUAUGUUAUUUUAUUCAAUUGUGGGCCUCUUUGAGUCUAUUGAAAAAGAUCAAAACUAGCAACGAUUUAAUGAGACAUUCUGUACAUAUGUAUAGCUGUUACCAAUAUUUCGAAAUAUGUAGACUUUUUAGUUUAGAGUGAAUAUUGAGUUGUGAUUUUAGACAAAUUUAUAGUUUAAACUAUUUUCGCCAACGCGAAAUUGUAUGUUUUUAAACAAUUUUCUUAUUCGUUUGGCCAAAUUUUCGGUUUUAGAAACUUACUUGUUGUUAAGUAAGUAUUGUGGGUUGUAAUAUCCACAUCAGAAAUGUGAUAUUAUGAUCUAAGUAGGUGCGUAUUAAAUAAUUUUGUAUCAAAAAUUCGGAAAUAAAAUUGGUUUAUUAAUAUCA